AUGGCUCAUCGGGUGGUGACAGGUGCGGAUGCCCUGAAUGGUGGAGUAACAGGAACAGAUGAGGUUCCCCUGAUGGAGAUGUACCCCUCCCAGGCAGAGACGGCGGCAGCAGCGGAAACGAUCGAGGAAGAGAAGAUUCCUGAUAAGGCAGGGAACACAAAGGCCAGUGUGAAUGACGGAAAUGGCGAAGACGACGGAAGCGGCGGCAACGACGGUGAUGACGGCGGGAACGGGAGAAGCAGAGAGGACCCCCGAAUGUGCAUAUUGGUGUCCAUCCAAGAGUAUGUGUUGGCUGUUAACCUAGCUAAUGUGGGUGUAUAUGAGGACAAUGAGAUCUCCAACAAUGCUCUGGCAGGCAUCUUGGUGAAAAACCACGGCAACCCCAUCAUCCGACGAAACCACAUUCAUCAUGGAAGGGAUGUUGGAGUGUUCACCUUCGACCAUGGCAUGGGCUACUUCGAGAGCUGCAACAUCCACCGGAAUCGUAUCGCUGGCUUUGAGGUGAAGGCUUACGCAAACCCCACAGUGGUGCGCUGUGAGAUCCACCAUGGACAGACAGGGGGCAUCUAUGUGCAUGAAAAGGGUCGUGGCCAGUUCAUCGACAAUAAGAUCUAUGCGAAUAACUUUGCUGGAGUCUGGAUCACAUCUAACAGUGACCCCACUAUCAGGGGAAAUGCCAUCUACAAUGGCAACCAAGGUGGUGUUUACAUAUUUGGAGAUGGGCGGGGCCUCAUCGAAGGGAACGACAUCCACGGCAACGCCUUGGCAGGGAUCCAGAUCCGGACCAACAGCUGCCCUAUCGUUCGACAGAACAAAAUCCAUGAUGGGCAGCAUGGAGGCAUCUAUGUACACGAAAAGGGUCAGGGUGUAAUCGAGGAGAAUGAAGUGUACAGUAACACCCUGGCGGGUGUGUGGGUGACCACCGGAAGCACACCGGUUCUGCGGCGGAACCGGAUACACAGCGGAAAGCAGGUUGGAGUAUAUUUUUAUGACAAUGGACAUGGUGUUCUAGAAGACAAUGACAUCUACAAUCACAUGUACUCUGGUGUUCAGAUCAGAUAACAAGAUAAUGAACAACCAAGAUGCCAUUGAAAAAGCUGUCUCUAGGGGGCAGUGCCUGUAUAAGAUUUCCAGUUACACCAGCUACCCGAUGCACGAUUUUUAUAGGUAAAUGCCCCCAACCCCCAACAGCAUACAUUUUUAUCU